UGUCUCCCGCCCUCCCAGUGGCGCGCGUUUACCUGCUGGCAGGCAGAGGGGGGCGGGGCUGGAGCGGGGUGCGCGCCCGUCCCCGGAGCAGCCGCUGUCAGUCACCGCCGCUGCGCGCCAGCGAGAACGAGCCUCCGGCCCAAGCGGCCCGAGUCUCGCGACCCCGAAACGCAGUACCCGCGGCCUAGUGACCCGGAGCCCAGCGUCGGGUCCCUCCUGCCGGGCUCCCUGGUGCCCCUUGACCUCCGAGCCGCAGCCAGCACCGUUCUUGAGGAUACCGCUGAGUCACUAUGGGAAACCACUCUGGAAAGCGAGAGCUAACUGCAGAAAAAGCCAGUAAGGAUGGUGAGCUUCCCCGAGGAGAGGCUGAAAAAAAGAGAAGCGUGGGCAAACUUUCUCAGACAGCCUCGGAAGACAGUGACGUGUUUGGGGAGGCAGAUGCGAUCCAGAACAAUGGGAUCUCGGCCGAGGACACGGCGGUGACAGACUCCGAGCACACAGCAGACCCGAAGAAUAACUGGCAGGGUGCCCACCCAGCUGACCCAGGGAGCCGCCCCCACUUGGUCCGCCUCUUUUCCCGAGAUGCCCCAGGAAGGGAGGACAACACCUUCAAAGACAGGCCCUCAGAGUCCGACGAGCUCCAGACCAUCCAAGAAGACCCCACAGCAGCUUCCGAAGGCCUGGAUGUGAUGGCAUCACAGAAGAGACCCUCACAGCGAUCCAAGUACCUGGCCACAGCAAGUACCAUGGACCAUGCCAGGCAUGGCUUCCUCCCAAGGCACAGAGACACGGGCAUCCUUGAUUCCAUCGGGCGCUUCUUUAGCGGUGACAGGGGUGCGCCCAAGCGGGGCUCUGGCAAGGACUCACACACAUCAAGAACUACCCACUAUGGCUCCCUGCCCCAGAAGUCACAGCAUGGCCGGACCCAAGAUGAAAACCCAGUAGUCCACUUCUUCAAGAACAUUGUGACACCCCGCACACCACCUCCAUCCCAAGGAAAGGGGAGAGGCCUGUCCCUCAGCAGAUUUAGCUGGGGGGCCGAGGGGCAGAAGCCAGGAUUUGGCUAUGGAGGCAGAGCUUCUGACUAUAAAUCGGCUCACAAGGGAUUCAAGGGGGCCUACGACGCCCAGGGCACGCUUUCCAAAAUCUUUAAGCUGGGAGGAAGAGACAGCCGUUCCGGAUCUCCCAUGGCGAGACGCUGAAAGUCCUGCCUGCUCUGCCUUCCCGAAUCCUUCCCUCGGCUUCUUAAUAUAACUGCCCCAAACUUUUAAUUCUACCUGAACCAAUUAGCUAGUUAGAGCAGACCCGCUCCUAAUCCCGCGGAGCCACGCACGUGGUGGGGCCAGGCCCGCGGCACCCCGGCUGGUUAAAACCGUCCCUUUUCGUUUGAAGAUUGAGUUUCCUCGGGGUCUUCUCGGCCCUGCCUUGUUCCCCGUGUACCUUGGUCGACUCCGGAGGUCCAAGUGCACGGAAACCCUCCCAAGCUCACCCCCUACUCCAUCCUCAGACUUUCUUUUCACGGUGAGGCGCACCCCUCCAGCUUCCGUGGGCACUGCGGAUAGACAGGCACACCGCCAAGGAGCCAGAGAGCGUGGCACAGGGGACUGUGUGGUCCAGGCUUCCUUUCUUUUCUUCCCCCUAAAGAGCUUUGUUUUUCCUAACAGGAUCAGACAGUCAUGGAGUGGCUUAUACACGGGGGGCUUGUGGUAUGUGAGCGCAGGCUGGGCAGCUGUGAGAGUCCAGAGUGGGGUGACCCUGGGGACGCUUCCAGGCCAGCAGUUCCCUGCACCCCACCAGCUGAUUUCGAGCGUGGCAGAGGGAAGGAAAGGGGCGAGCGGGCUGGGCAAUGGCCCCAACAGGAAAUGGGGACUUAGGGGAACACGCUGGAGAUGUCAUGUGUGGCCACCAAAUGUCACCAUCUCUCCUCGGUGGCUCCUCAGAGCAGGUGCUUCUAAGAACCCCAUUUCCUCUCAGAGCCCAGGGAGAGUCCAAGGAUAUGGCGCAUCUCAAAGUGGGAAUGCAGGAGUUCUCUGGUGGCCUCGCGGUGUCCCUCUGGCCACCACUCACAUUGGGAUGGCCAGUGGCAGCCCGCCACAGUAGUGCCCAUUGGUACACACUAACCUCAGUGAAAAGAUAACCUUCCCCUACCUCCUAGAAACGACUCACUCAUAGCUGAUUUAAGAGUGUGCCUGUCACUGAGUCGCUACCCUGGAUUCAGGGCUGGCCUGGGCGACCCUUCAGGGAUGAGGAGCUCAGAAUCCCACUCUUCUAAUGUCCAUGGACACCUCUCCAUCCCUCUAACCUACUGACUAAUGUCUUUUGAUUUAGCAUGUCUUUUAUAGACCUUCCAAAGAGCCCCACACUGGCCCCGUCAUCCUUGGAAGGAAGGUGAUGGUUGAUGUGAACCAACAUGCAUCUUGUUAAUCUGUUCUAAUUCUGAGUAUAGUGUGGGUUUAAGAUAACAUCAAUUAAUACAUAGCCUCAAUAGCGUGAGGGUAAGAGAAAAGCAGGGAAGAAAAUUCCAGAAGUAAACCCUCCAGAUCGUUCCCACAGGAGCACUCGCCCUCCGAUGUGACUGAACGUCUUUGCUCGUGGCUUCAUCCAGACAGCAGACACUGCAGACUGGCUGGACAGGAGCCCCCACUGUUCUUGAAUAUUGAAAUAAAAUAAUAAACUUGCAACAA